AUGUCCGCUCGAAGUGUCAUCCCGGCUCACUUAUCCUACUUCGCAAUAUACAAUCCGUCUCUUGGUCCGACUGAUGAGACCUUACGCGACCAGAUCCUGUUUUACUACUCGCACGAUCUCGAGGUCGAGCGGGAGCAGCCCGCGAAAGGGAAACCUGCAGCAGAUGGGAAACGCCAUGCAAGCUCCGAGCAGGAGAACCAGCCAAAUGGAAACCAGAAGAAGGAAGAGGGGGCAGGAGAGAAUCACAGAUUGCGGCAGGUCGGGCUAGCACAAGGUAUGGUGAACUUUGUAAAGAAUUUCUCGCACGGCGUCCCUCUCGAGUCUAUGGACACGGAAAAAUCUCGAAUUGUCCUGAAAGAGGUCGAGCCUCAGUGGUGGAUCCUCGCCGCCAUUCGCCUAACACAAUUGCCUGUUGUCUCAAGAGCACCCUCGGGAAAUAAACAACCUUCAAAAUCGGGAACGAAUAUAGGAUUGGGUGGCACUGCGUCUAAAGGUGACAUCGAAUACUCGUCGCGAGAGGUUGCACCGGCACCUCUGCUACUCGCACAGCUCAUACAAGGAUACCGCGGAUUCUUGCUUCACCAUGCACCUUCAUUGUCUGAGCUCUGGAAAAAGCAUGAGAACAAUCGAGACCUGUUCUGCAGCCUUUUACAUAGGUACUGGACACAGUUCAUCUGGAAGUGGGAUGUCCUCUUGCACGGCCAUCCUGCGACAGACAUAUAUGACGCUGUCAAACUCGCCGGCGGGGGAGAGCUCGGUGUUGGUGUUGGUGAAGAAGAAUGGGGGAGUGGUGAAAGAGAAGUCCUAGAGGGAUUUGCGGGCCGCACUGAGGGGCUUGUCGAUCUUGUCGUUGGGAGAUACGGUGUUGCUCCUUCGGACCUCAGUGGUAUGGAGAGAUCCAGGGAUAUGAAUGCAGCUCAUCCCUCACAAGAAUCGCAACCUUGGCUGGGCAGUGGCGAGGAUCCGAGGGCCGACGAUGGAGUCAUAUUUUCUGGCAUCGGUGGCAUCUCAAGGCCUUCCCUGGUCACGUUGACCCAGUGGAUGGGAUCCAUCUACAUGCACGGCGAUGCAGCUUACGGAGUGGGUGAGAACCCGGCGUCUCGACCAAAGCAUCGUAGAAAGAGGCGAAAGUUAGACAAAAGCAGACCGCAAGGGCCACCGGACCAGCCGAGACAGCAAGUGCAAGCAGUACAUCCCAGAGUGAAGUCCCCAGGAGGCAAACCGCAGGAUUUACGCCGUAGGGCGAUUGAGAACAAUGCAACACCACCCGGGAUCCCGCCACCCCUCGUUAGCGCCGUAGAGCGAAGUUUGGACGAUGCAAUGGCCAAAUUGGACGCGAAGGCACUCGACGCAAAAGACGACCGCAGGAGCGAAGGAGAUGUGCCGCCGGGCCUUAUGGCUUCCGAACAGGCCUCCAUGUUCAACACAGAGAAGAUGAUGAAGUACCUGAGCCUUGGUUAUGGCAGCAGUUGGACGCUGAAUCCCAAAGGGUUUAACACCGACAAAGCGUCCAAAGUCCAGGACGACCAAGCUCCUGGUCAGGGUACAGACACUGGUCAGACCACAGAAGCUGCGCUUGAUCAACUGCAGGAACUUGAUCCGACUCCAGAAGUUAGCGACGAGGAAGAAUCACCAUUCGUCCAGCGGCUCGAGGAGUCCAUUGGCAAAUUCCUGAUUGGUCUCUCUGGAGACCUGGAAAAUACAGAAUUCGAGGACGGGUCCAACGACGAGAGAGCUGAUGACGAGCCCGUCAAGUCAAAAUCAUCACCACACGCUUCGUCAAACCGGAUCUUCCUUCGCACCUUGGUUGUUCAAAUGUCGACUUCCAGAUUUGCCCGUCUGGAUGCCGAAGAACGUCCUUCUUCCUUUUCGCAGGCGAGUAGGAACGAGGGUGAUAUAGAUUCAAGAGAAGGGAAGACAAGUGCGUCAGCAUCCAUCGACGGCAUCCGUCCAAUUGUCACUCACGAGAAGGUUCAAGUUGCGGUCUAUGUUCACCAACCAUUCAUCUUCGUCUUCUUGUUUCGGUUGCACACGCCCAAUUUGACGAUGCCUGGCUUUUACCGUACUAUACAUCACACUCUAGGCCCAUUGCAAAAGAGCCUCUUGAGAAGCACGGAUCCGGAACGCUGGAGGGAGCGAAUGAGAACGUCAUUAGGCCUGGACUCAAGUCCGGUUCUCGAGGAUGGUAAUAAUCCGAGAUCCCUGCCUGAGACAAACGAUGUCACCGAAAUAUAUGAUCUUCUUUUUGAUCCCUUGAAAUCGACGCUUCGAACUUCAAUUCCAAACAUACCAGUCCCAGGAAGUCUUGCAGCCGAAGGCCUGCAUCGGACCCAACAGCAAUUGCGCCCAGUCACAGUCUCGGGCUCAUGGUACACGCUUGGAAUACCUAUAGGAUCAUCAUCGGCAGAGGGCGGCACAAGCUCUUCGGGUUCGACGAGGAUCAUCAAGAGUGGCUGGACCCGCGUUGAGGCUCUGAAUGUUCACACUCAUAUACUCAAUACUUGGACUUCAACUCGCGACAAGAACGCUGGUAUUACUCAUGCCCAGACAAAUAGCGAGGAGUUGGAAAGGACAAUCAAAACAGCAAGAGGAUGGUGGGUAGUGUGGAUGAAAGUUUCGCCUCCGAAGCCACGGGAGGAUGAUGGCGAUGACAAUGCAACACGGUCGGCAAGUCAAGACAAAAGCACCGCCCAGCCCAGAGUCCGCGGGGGUGAAUUGGAAAGAACCGGGGAUCCUACCAAAGAGGCCAUUCUCGUGAGAAGAUCUUCUUAUGAACGCAAUUCGACAAGCAGAGAUACGUCCCGGUCCAGAUCAGAGGCCGGAAGUUCACACCUUUCUGGGAAAUGGCUUCUUCGUGAUCAACCCCGGACUCGAGAAGUCAGCGGCAGUGGACGAGCAAUGUCUGGCAUUGUUGGGACGCCUGGAAGCACAAAUGCAAAAGGCGUCACCGAGGGCGUGGGAGUUGACGCUAGAAAGUGGGUUGAAGCGUUGAUUCGAUUGAGUGUUUGA